GAGACAACUGGUAUGAACAAUUGCGAAGUAAUUACAUUUUAUCUGAUUAAUGGCAGGAUUAAAUGAUACGAUUCUAAGCAUUGGCAUAUGUACGGACGAACCAUAAUGAUAAACGAUAUACGGGAUAGAUCCGACCUGUUUAAUGCAUUAGAAGAGUCGAUCGAUUGCCACAAAUCGCAUGGGGAUCACGAGACAGGAAUAGGUCAGGCAGCCAAAGCCGCGCGCGAUCGCGUCAUUUGUUUCGACUAAGCGCCAUGGAAGACACGAUUUUUGAAGAGGAGACGUGUCGGCCUUUGGAGAUGACUCCGGAGAGGGGAAGUCCCAGUUGCGGGACCGGGGAGGAGGAAAAUAGGGAGCGAAAGACAAAGUUGAACCGAAACAAAUCCAUGGGUAGUUUUAGAAAGUUUUUUAAGAGACAUUCGCGAAGUUUUAGCGAGGAUCACAAAAACAGGGAACGCACGACGACGUUUUCUGCUUCGUCAGCAAAAUCGGACGUCACGAAUGCAUCGUCAUCGGAUGACGUGUUUCAAUUCACAAGCACUGCUGAUGACGUAGGGGAGCAAAAUUCAGCAACAAUGACGUCAGAGCAAAUGACGUCAGAGCCAAGACAUAACACCCUGCCUCGUAGAAGAAACAGUAAAUUAGGGGGAGACGGGGAAAAUCCUAAGUCAGGAGCAAGAUUAUGGCAGAAAGCCAGAGAACGAAUGUUCACGCUUGGAUCGUUCAGCUUCAGCAGACAGUUAUCUCCCAGUGGGUCGACGCCAGAAAACGGAUGUUUCGCGUCGGAAGCCAAGGUUGACAGCGUGUAUCAGGUUCUGAAGGAAGGAUUAGUUUUACGUUCAACAACAGUGAGUCCUGGGUGUUCACUCAACCGUAACCAGUCCAUCGACUCGACUACGUCAUAUCCGGGUUCGGAAAACGGGAAACCUUCUGCGGGGAACAGCCCAAUAAUGAACAAUAAAUUCAAGAAGCCACAGUUGGGUGAAAUCUGCCAAACAUCAGCAGAUGAAAGAGUGACGUCACCUGCCACGAGGUCGAAUUGUUCUGGUGAUUGUGUUUCGCCUAUCUCAGAUCAAAGGCCAGACAAGAGGAGACAGAAUGACCGAAACGAGACAGGAGAAUACACCAUGGUCGCCCUACACAAGUUCGAUGCUCAACAAAAAGAUGAUUUAUCAUUAAAACCAGGUGACGUCAUCACAGUAACAGACGACCGCGACGAAGCUUGGUUGAUCGGGUCACGUGAUGGUAAAAGCGGUUUCUUCCCCACCAACUUUGCAAUGAUAAUAAACGCUGGGGAAAGUAUAUGUUCUUGUGUACGAUCAAGUUAUAUAAUGGAUAUCAAUAAUAAAGAGGUUCAACUGAAAAAGAACCAGAUCGUGGUAGUGGUGAACGACGCCCAAGUUCCCGACCACAACUUCUUAUACACAAGGAUUCCUAACGUGGAGGGUUAUGUAAGAAAAGAAGAUCUAAAGCCACUGUGACGUCAUACAGCCGUGUGAAGGUAGUUUAUUCGUGACAAUUAUCAGCGCCACAGACACGGUAGUGCAAACGCUUGUGACGUCACAAAGCCCGCGAGAGAACAGCUGCGCUUCUUUCGCCACAUCAAACUUACGAGGUUCGUUUGCAGAACAAGCUUCCGUGACGUCACCGGAUCCGAUUUGUGUUCCUAGCACACUUUGUUGCGCAACAAUUAUCAUUGUUACAAAGGAAAAAUGCUCUUUGUUCGUUAAGAGCGUUUUGUGACUAUUAUAGUACUAUGGGAUAAGAUGGAUACAGUUAGCACAUAAUAUCCCAUAUUUUCUAAUUGUGUUUUAACAAUUACCAAUGCUCUCUUUUAGAGUCGUGGGGAUACGAUUUUAUAAUUCUUUGUUUAUUAGCAAAUGGGACUAUAAAAAAGAAUAAAAAAUGUACCAUCUUACCCCAGCCUACUAUAAUGCAAAUGUUCCUUCAUGCAAAAGACAAUAAACCCACGGGAAAUUAAUAUCUUCAAAUUAACUACGAUAUCUAUGUUUAUCUUACAAAGCGAGAUAUAAAACUAAACAAAACUAAUAUUAACCGUCAACAAAUUGAAGACAUUUUCGUUAAAUUGAAAAGAAUUGAAAAUGCGGGAAUUACAAAGUUGCUUAGCUCAUAAUAUCACUCAAUUGUGAUGGAAACAUAAGCGUUAAUGACAUCACAAUAGUGACUAUGAGGUUAAACUGGUAAACGAAGGAAUAGUUAUUACGUCACCCUAUAAAUAUAUCACGUGUGUGUUAUUGCGUUUGUGACGCAAUAAUAGAAUUGUUAUCUUGUUUCUUUUAUCUACUUCUUUUAUUCUUUCUUCUGUUUUUUCCCUUCUGUGGCGAAUUCUACACAAAAUCGCAAAAUAAACGAAAAGAAAACAUGUUA